AUGGCCAAGUCGAGCUUGCUGUCCGCUGUUCUGCUGGUCGCCUUCUUGGGCUCCACCCUCUCCUUCGUGAACCUCUGUGGGCGCCAGGCACCCCGCCAGGAAAGCCGCACGGCACUGAGGGGACAAGCCGGCGCUUCCGCCACUCCGUGGACGCCAGUCCUGUCCCGUGAUGUGGUGGAGAUCGAGUUCACCGCCCCGGCACAGGGUGCACGCUGCCGCUUCAUGAUCAAGGCCGAUGCUGAUGCCAGCGAGGUGCUGGCAGAGGGCCGCAAGAGGCUGGGCUUCAACCAGGAGUGGAUGCCUGACUCCGACUUCAAGAUCUACAAUUCCGAAGACGAGGAAGCCGGCCCCCUCAAGGGAAAGAUGAAGGACAACGGCCUCAUUGACUUCACCUAUGAGGUCCACCUGUACUACGAGCCUCAGCUCAAAGCAGCGGCAUCCCCAACCCCUCCAGAUCUUCUUGUCAUCAUGGCCAAGUCCAGCCUGCUGUCUGCCGUUAUGCUGGUCGCCUUCCUGGGCUCCUCCCUCUCCUUCGUGGGCCUGCGCGCGGCGCCCCGCCAGGAGAGCCGCACGGCUCUGAGGGGACAAGCCGGUGCCUCCGCCACUCCGUGGACACCAGUCCUCAGCCGCGACGUGGUGGAGAUCGAGUUUACCGCUCCUGCGCAGGGUGCCCGAUGUCGCUUCAUGAUCAAGGCGGAUGCAGAUGCCAGCGAGGUGCUGGCAGAGGGCCGCAAGAGGCUGGGCUUCAACCAGGAAUGGAUGCCGGACUCCGACUUCAAGAUCUACAACUCCGAGGACGAGGAAGCCGGCCCCCUUAAG